AUGACCCACUAUUUCCCAGCAACGUGUAUACCAAUCCAGACCGACACAGAACUCCAGACCCGACGUACGGAGAGCUCGUCGAUGAACCCACCCUCCAUCCCGCUCAAGGGCGAGUCCAUGGCCCAUGAUCCGGCCCGGCGCGCCGCCCAGCUUGAACCACCACCUCUCACCGUCAUCAUGACCGUCGAGGCAGUCCCUCAGCCGACGGCAAUGAUGGCGGAGGGGACCGCCUCGCAAUCAAGCUCCAUGGCCACAGGCGCUACCGUCGGACUCGCGCUGGGCCUCACAGUCCUGCUCGCACUUGCCGUUUUGGCUGUCGUCCUCCUCAUCCUGAGACGGCGCAAGACACGCGGGCCCCACGUCGACCCAUACGCGGUUACCGAAGCGAUGCCCAUGGCCACCCUCCGUCCAAGCUCGUCGAUCAUCAAGCGGCCCGGCCGGAUCGGUGUCCUGAGCAGUGUCAACAACCGUGAUGCAACGGCAGGUCAUGGCUGGUUGCAGCUUGACACGGAGGAUCGCGCGUCGCUCGACUCUGUUUACGGCGACUCGACGGACCCGCCAAGCUACGACGAAAAUGGGUCAGGGGUGUGGGGAGGGCCAAGUGCGCAGUCAAUUGGUCCGCGCCCUGCGAGUCGUGCGAGCACUCCAACGCCAGGGGCAGACGCGACUGCUUUCAGAGUACACGGCUCCAACCGCAACUCGGCCGGGUUCCGGAUGGUACAUGGCACAAGGGCCGACAUUACACAGGACUGGCAUGGGCAUGAGCAUGGGCAUGGACAGGAGCGCCAGGCUAGGCAGGUGCCCAGGGCGCUCCGUCUGGACCCGAUUGACACGAAUCGCACAGCGCCUCCAGGACCUGUCUCGGAGAGCCCCAGCACACCGACGGCUCAGUCGCCUUGCACACCGCGCGCUACCCAGCAUAGCCACCUGAGCCAUGUCACCUCUUUCCGCGGUGGCGAGUUGCAGCGGUACGACACGUUCGGACGGAGACGCGAGGAGACCCCAAGCGCGCUGUUUGACGUCAACGACGCAACUGUCCAGACGGCGAUUGCGGGACAGCGGGCCGGGCCAGCGUGGGCGCCUACUCACCUGUAG